GACAAAGAAGAAUGCUUGGAGGUGAAAGAGAAGGAAGUGGUGCCACAGACAGUGGCUUCCUUCUCAUCAGAUAUAAUCCCAUAAUGGAAAAGGGUGUCUGUAAACGCCAGGCUCUCAUCAUCUGUAACACUAAAUUUGAUCACUUUCCUGAAUGAAGUGGGGCUGAACAUGAUGUUUUGGGAAUGACUAAACUACUUAUGGACCUGGGAUAUGAUGUGGAUGUCAAAGGAAACCUUAUAGCACAGGAAAUGGAGUCAGAGUUGAAGGCAUUCGGUGACCUCACAGAGCAAUGGUUUUCUGAUAGCACAUUUUUGGUGUUCAUAUCACAUGGCUUCUGGGACGGUAUCUGUGGGACAAGGCAUGAAAAGCAAAAGCCAGAUGUGCUGGCUACUAAUACCAUCUUCCAAACUUUCAAUAACCUUAAUUGCCCCAGUCUAAGGGGUAAACCCAAGGUUAUCAUCACCCAGGUAUGCCGAGGAGAACAAAAGCAAAAUUUUUAUCCUGUGAAGAUUGUGAAAUGUUUGGUCAGUACCUUUGUUGAUGGUGUUAUUGAUGACCUGAUAGAGAAGGAUGUUUUGAGUUCAAAUGAGAUGAAGAAUUUAGGAAAAGAAUUUACUACAAUUAUGGACCAGAGUGAAGGCCUGGUUAAUACCCUGGAUCAGAUAAUCCAAGGAAACAAAAUUAUUAUGAAGAAACUAUUACUUCCCUCUCUACAAGUAAAUUCAGGAAAUCAAAGAGAAGACAAAGCUUUGGCUCUUUUCCAGAAGUCAGAAACAAUGGAACACAUUUUAUCAGUCCUUCAGAUUAUAUGUAAUUCUCCAGGAUCCUUUCAAAAUUACUGAAAGAGACUCAGCAGCACCAUCUUUCAGUUGUUUAAGAAACUUGACUCUAAUGCAAUACAGGUUACUGCACCCCCAAACCAGAUCAAGCUUUGCAGACCAGAUUUCUAUAAUGGACUGAAGGAAGCAAAGGAGGGAGAGAUAUAUCCCAUCAUGGAGAAGGGGACCCGUGCACGUCUAGCUCUCAUCAUCUGUAAUAUUAUGUUUGACUACCUCGAUGAACGACAUGGGGCUCACCUUGACAUUUGGGAAAUGUGGAAACUACUUGAAAACCUUGGAUAUAGUGUGGUUGUCAAAACCAACCUUACAGCUCAGGAAAUGGAGUCAGUGUUGAAAGAGGUUGCCGAUUGCCCAGAACAUUGGUGCUCUGACAGCACCUUCUUGGUGUUCAUGUCUCAUGGCCUCUUGAAUGGUAUCUGUGGAAAAACACAUACAAAGCAAGAACCAGACCUGCUGGCUACAGAUACUAUAUUCCAAAUUUUCAAUGAUAACAGCUGCCCUGGUCUAAAAGGCAAACCCAAGGUCAUCAUCAUCCAAGCAUGCCGAGGGGAGAAACUUGGAAUCACAUAUGUGAUGGAUGCAUCAGAGACUUUAGCAGACACACCCAAACAACCCUUGCAAGAUUACUCAAGCAGUACUUCACUGGAACAGAAGUGCAUGGAGAAAGAUUUCAUUUUAUUUUGUUCUACAACACCACAUAAUGUUUCAUGGAGAGUUGACAUAAGGGUUUCUGUCUUCAUCAAUGCACUCAUUUACUGCUUUCAACAAUACGCCUGGUGCUGUCACUUGGAGGAAGUUUUCCGCAAGGUCCAGAAAUCAUUUGAGAUUCCAAAGACCCUUGUCCAGAUGCCCACCAUUGAAAGGGUGUCCAUGUCAAGAUAUUUCUACCUAUUCCCAGGAAUAUAAAAUUAAUCAAUAACACUAACAAUUAAGAGCAAUUCAGGUGAUAAUAUGCUAUGUUGUCCUGAAGAACCUAUUAUUUCCAGAAGAACAUUUAGAGGCACAGAAUGUUUUUUAAAACCUGUGCCAUCAUUACCAUACUUUUAAAAAUGGACAUUUUGGGGGCAU